AUGCCUCUAAAACGCAAGGUAUCCCUCUCAACCCCUCACAAGCCCUCGCCAUCAAAGAACCCACCAAAGGACCACCUCCCAGACUUCACCCCUUACCCCGCUUCAAAAGUCUACCGCCUCAUCGAACCAGGACCCAUCCUCCUCGUCUCAACGGGCUCCCUCAAAGACAAAACACACAACAUAAUGACGCUAGGCUUCCACAUGAUGCUCCAACACGACUCACCCGCCCUCAUUAACAUGUGCCUCGGACCAUGGGAUACAAGCUUUGAGUCGCUCUCGGAAACAAAAUCCUGUGUUCUCGCCAUCCCCGACGUCUCCAUCGCCGAAUCUGUCGUUGAUAUUGGAAACUGCAGCGGCGAUGAAGUAGAUAAGUGGUCUCGCUUCGGACUCGAGGCUUUGUCCGCUGCGCGUGUUGAUGCACCGCUUGUUGGUGGUGAGGGUAUCAUUGCGAAUAUCGAGUGUGUGGUUCAUGAUGAUAACAUGGUUGAUAAGUAUAACCUUUGGGUACUUAAAGUUGUGCGCGCUUGGGUGCGCGAGGGCUUUGAUGGGGAUGCGACAUCUUCAAGUUCCUCUAGGAUGAGGAUGUUUCAUCAUCGAGGAGAUGGGACGUUUGUUGUUGAUGGGGAUGUGCUGGAUUUGAAGGCGCGAAUGGUUAAGUGGGGGGAGUUUCAGGAUUAA